AUGCGGUUGGAUAAGCCCAUCGGCAGUUUGCUGUUGCUUUGGCCUACAUUGUGGGCGGCAUGGCUUGCUGGAAAAGGCAACCCUGAACCCCUUAUCGUACUAGUGUUGGUUAUAGGCGUUUUUGUUAUGCGUUCCGGUGGUUGCGUGAUUAAUGAUUUUGCGGAUCGAGAUUUUGACCCGCAUGUCGAACGUACGCGCAGACGUCCACUUGCUACUGGUGAGGUAUCGGUACGUGAAGCAUUAAUUCUGUUCGUAUGUUUGUGUCUGCUGGGUUUCAUACUGGUAUUGUUCCUAAACAGCCUUGCGCUGAUUCUGGCGAUUAUCGGGGUGAUCCUUGCAGCAUCGUAUCCGUUCUUGAAACGAGUGACGAGCCUGCCCCAGUUUUACUUGGGCAUCGCAUUUGGUUGGGGUAUACCGAUUGCGUUCGCAGCGCAUCAAGAUACGGUUCCGAUGAUAGGUUGGAUUCUGCUGCUUGCCAACAUCGCGUGGGCGGGAGCCUACGACACCUUUUAUGCCAUGGUUGAUCGCGAGGAUGAUGUGCGCAUCGGAGUAAAAUCGUUGGCGGUGCUUUCCGGCACCUUCGAUCGGAUUGUGAUUGGCGUUUGCCAGGCGAUUACGCUACUGCUCCUUUGCCUUGUCGGCUUUAUGGAAAAUUUGAACGGAUACUAUUUUCUUGGCCUGUUCGGGGCUUUAGUGGUGGCUGUGUGGCAUCAAUAUUCGUGCAGAAGUGACGAUCGGGAUCAGUUCUUUGCUGCUUUCCUUGGAAACAGUUGGUUCGGCGCUAUGGUAUUCGGUGGAAUCGUACUAGCCUAUCUAUAA